AUCCGUCGCGUAACCAGUUGGAGCUGGAGACAUAAUCAUGGAUUGGAAGCUGCUGCUGGUUUUAGGUGGUACGAUUAUUGCUUGUAGCAGUAGCGCGACGCCACGUGCAAGUUCGUAUAUUUUCCGAAGUUUCGACACACCUCCCGGUCAUGUGGUGUAUUUGAGUCCUUCGUGGGAAGAACCAAAUUUCCCAAAGACAAAAAAGUUCGAAAAAAUUAUAGUGAAGCCAAACGUCGAUUUCGAUAAUAGUGAAGAGUUGAUUAAGACGGAUAUCAGUGAGGAAGAUGAAUCAGAGUCGAAGGUGUUGCCUUUGAAGAACGCACAUCAUUUGGAAAACUCGGAAGAAACAUACGGAGAAGAACAAAGCUCUAAGAAAGGUAGAAAGAAUCGGAAAGGAUACAAAUCGAAACAUUCAUUGCAGAAAGGCAGUAAGGGCAGUUAUGAUGAUGAAAAUCAUUCUCACUCGUAUGACAAUGAAGGUGAUCGAAAGAAGUCUUAUCAUGAUGAAGAUGGCUACGAGAAGAAUCAUCAUGAUGAGGGGCAUAGUGUAAAAGGCGGAAAGCAUGGAGAGAAGAAAUCUCACAAGAAAGGGUCCAAAACGACCGGCUACCAUAAUGUGUACCACAAGGAUGAGUUUAAGAAGGAGCACAUUUUCUACGACACUGCGGACCACAGUGGGAAUUUCAAAAAAUACGGAUCAUCACACAAGGAACACUCCAACGAUGAGGAACAGUUUGCCAAGGGCGGGCAUAACGAAGCGGCGCAUGCCAGGAAGAAGUACUCCAAAAAAGGACAUUCGGAGGACGGAAAGCAUGAUAGUAAUCAUCGCGAGUACAAAAACCAACGAGGUGAUACCAAGGAGUACCGGGAUGCGGAGGAGUACCAGAAUAAAAAUGGAAAAUUGGGCUCGCUGGCUCAUGGGUAUAAGAUUUACCAUACUUGAGUGAUCGUUUGGGAUCAGAUAGUGACGCUUAUUGAUUUUAAGUUAUGCUAUUUUUAAGUUUGUUAGUUAUUGAAGAUUAGACUACUCGAAGUAAAUAAAUAAAGCGACAA